CUUUGGUCGUCCUCGCCGGUGACAGUGUGGACCAUAUUCCACUGAUAUUUUAAGCCUAAUGAUUAAUAAAUAAGACUUAGCCCAAAGCAAGAUAUUUGAUAUACUUUAGUCAAGAAAGGGAGCCAAUUCGGCGCUUUUGACUCACUGGCAUACUUUUCUCAGUACCCUUCAAUUUCUCAAGGCAAAAGAGGGCGAGACAGGAGAGGCGGUGAUACAACAUGGAUGAGGAAUAUGAUGUGAUCGUUUUGGGCACCGGACUCACAGAAUGCAUCCUGUCUGGGAUCAUGUCUGUGAAUGGGAAAAAGGUGCUGCAUAUGGACAGGAACCCUUACUAUGGCGGAGAGAGCUCUUCCAUCACUCCCCUGGAGGAGCUGUACAAGCGCUUCAGUCUCCAAGAUAGCCCACCUGAGUCGAUGGGCAGAGGAAGAGACUGGAAUGUUGACCUUAUCCCCAAAUUUCUCAUGGCAAAUGGUCAGCUUGUGAAGAUGCUGCUAUACACAGAGGUGACAAGGUACCUGGACUUCAAGGUAGUGGAGGGUAGCUUUGUCUACAAAGGUGGAAAGAUCUACAAGGUGCCAUCAACUGAGACUGAGGCCUUAGCUUCAAAUCUCAUGGGGAUGUUUGAGAAGCGAAGGUUCCGGAAGUUCCUAGUCUUUGUGGCCAACUUUGAUGAGAAUGACCCCAAGACAUUUGAGGGUGUGGACCCCAAAACAACAACGAUGAGGGAUGUCUACAAGAAGUUUGACCUAGGACAGGAUGUCAUUGACUUUACAGGCCAUGCCCUGGCCCUCUACAGGACAGACGACUACCUUGAUGUUCCCUGUUUGGAGACGAUCAAUCGUAUCAAGCUGUACAGUGAAUCCCUGGCUCGAUAUGGAAAGAGCCCCUACCUCUAUCCCCUUUAUGGUCUGGGGGAGCUGCCACAGGGAUUUGCUAGGUUGAGUGCAAUCUAUGGCGGUACUUACAUGCUGAACAAACCAGUGGAUGAGAUUGUAAUGGAAGGCGGCCACGUGAUUGGAGUGAAAUCUGAGGGCGAGGUGGCUCGUUGUAAGCAGCUCAUCUGUGACCCAAGCUACAUCCCGGACCGUGUGCGUAAGGCAGGCCAGGUGAUCCGUUUGAUCUGCAUCCUCAGCCACCCCAUCAAAAAUACCAAUGACGCUAACUCCUGCCAGAUCAUCAUCCCGCAGAAUCAGGUUAACCGCAAGUCAGACAUCUACGUGUGUAUGAUCUCCUACGCUCAUAAUGUGGCAGCCCAGGGGAAGUACAUUGCCAUCGUCAGCACCACUGUGGAGACAAGUGAGCCUGAGGCUGAGAUAGAACCAGCUCUGGAGCUACUGGAGCCCAUCGACCAGAAGUUUGUGGCCAUUAGUGACCUUUACGAACCCACAGAUGACGGUACUGAAAGCCAGAUCUUUGCCUCACGGGCAUAUGACGCGACCACCCACUUCGAGACCACUUGCAAUGACAUCAAGGACAUCUACAAACGUAUGACCGGGAGCGAUUUUGACUUUGAAAACAUGAAGCGCAAACAGAAUGAUGUGUUUGGGGAGGAUGAGCAGUGAGCAGUGGAGGGGCCUCAGAGAGAGGGCAGGGCCGGGAGAGGAGGAGAGGAGCAAAGGUUAAAGUCGGGGCAGAGCCUGUGGUAAGCGGGGGGGGUUUUACUAAG